AUGACGGUUUAUAUUGAAAACAGCAGGGCCGUGUGCGCGGUACGGGAGUGCAACGGUGGAAACCUUCUCGCCGACGCGGCAUUUGACUACUUCUCCGAGGUGACCGUUGCCGGCGCAUGGAGCCAAAUAAAUGCCGUUGUUAUAAACUCUGGCUCCAUGAUCACCAGCUUUGACGAGAAAACCAAAAGUGGGGAGCUGCGACUUGAAGAUGUGUUCCAAAUGUAUCCAUUUAACGACGAAUACAUGUUCGUCACAAUGCGUGGGACCACGCUUCAAAAUAUGAUGGAGUACUCCGGGAAGAAAGGUUCACCGUCCACAAAGUUCCUCCAACUCUCUGGGAUACGUGUCAAGUACAAGUCUAAUCCUGGUGUGAAUGAGAGCGUCGUAUCUAGCCUGCUGAUCCUGUGCACAUCAUGCCGAACGCCCACGUACGAGCGCGUUAUUGGGAUCCAGUGGUACACGUUGGCCAUGUCAGAUAUCAGUGACGACAUGAUAAUGCGCCAGUAUCUAAAGAAGAGAUCGCCAAUCAUGCCAAUGCUGGAUGGCCGAAUCGCCUUCGAGAGUGGAGCACGAGCACUCGAAACCUCGUACUGGACACGAGCAGCAAUUUCGAGUCUAUGCACUGCCGUGGCGAUGAAUAUAGCGACCUCCGCCUGA